AUGAGCAUAUCAUCAGCAUAUCCAACUCCUUACAUCCACUCACUAGCAAGACCCCAUCUCCAUCCCUAUCCUAUCCCCACUGCCCCAUCUCCGUCCCUGUCCCUUCCCUACUGCCCCAUCUCCAUCCCUAUACCUUCCCCACUGCCCCAUCUCCAUCCCUAUACCUUCCACACUGCCCCAUCUCCGUCCCUGCCCCUUCCCCACUGCCCCAUCUCCGUCCCUGUCCCUUCCCCACUGCCCCAUCUCCAUCCCUAUACCUUCCACACUGCCCCAUCUCCGUCCCUGUCCCUUCCACACUGCCCCAUCUCCGUCCCUGCCCCUUCCACACUGCCCCAUCUCCGUCCCUGUCCCUUCCCCACUGCCCCAUCUCCAUCCCUAUACCUUCCACACUGCCCCAUCUCCGUCCCUGUCCCUUCCACACUGCCCCAUCUCCGUCCCUGCCCCUUCCACACUGCCCCAUCUCCGUCCCUGCCCCUUCCACACUGCCCCAUCUCCGUCCCUGUCCCUUCCCCACUGCCCCAUCUCCAUCCCUAUACCUUCCCCACUGCCCCAUCUCCGUCCCUAUACCUUCCACACUGCCCCAUCUCCAUCCCUGCCCCUUCCACACUGCCCCAUCUCCGUCCCUGUCCCUUCCCCACUGCCCCAUCUCCGUCCCUAUACCUUCCCCACUGCCCCAUCUCCUUCCCUAUACCUUCCCCACUGCCCCAUCUCCAUCCCUGUACCUUCCCCACUGCCCCAUCUCCAUCCCUAUACCUUCCCCACUGCCCCAUCUCCGUCCCUGUCCCUUCCCCACUGCCCCAUCUCCAUCCCUAUACCUUCCACACUGCCCCAUCUCCGUCCCUGCCCCUUCCACACUGCCCCAUCUCUGUCCCUGUCCCUUCCCCACUGCCCCAUCUCCAUCCCUAUACCUUCCCCACUGCCCCAUCUCCAUCCCUAUACCUUCCCCACUGCCCCAUCUCUGUCCCUGUCCCAUCCCCACUGCCCCAUCUCCAUCCCUAUACCUUCCCCACUGCCCCAUCUCCAUCCCUAUACCUUCCCCACUGCCCCAUCUCUGUCCCUGUUCCAUCACCACUGCCCCAUCUCCAUCCCUGUCCCUUCCCCACUGCCCCAUCUCCAUCUCUGUUCCAUCGCCACUGCCCCAUCUCCAUCCCUAUACCUUCCCCACUGCCCCAUCUCCAUCCCUAUACCUUCCCCACUGCCCCAUCUCCAUCCCUAUACCUUACCCACUGCCCCAUCUCCAUCCCUGUACCUUCCCCACUGCCCCAUCUCUGUCCCUAUACCUUCCCCACUUCCCCAUCUCCAUCCCUGUUCCAUCGCCACUGCCCCAUCUCCAUCCUUAUACCUUCCCCACAUAUCCACAUGUCCCCCAUAUCCAGCAACCCUAUCUUCAUCCCUACCCCAUUCCCCAGUGCCCCGUCAUCUUUCCCAUCCCAUCCCCAACAGGCCCAAUCCUAA